GUGCUGCAAAGCACUAAGAGUGUCGAAUAUCUUCCAAUUUUUUUCCCCCAAGCUGGCCAGCGGUGACAUCAACGGUUCCUUUAACGCCUGGAGCGAAGUGACCGAAGUGGCAAAACGUGAUACGUCAUGGCUGGACGGUACUACGUUAAGCAACCUUGACAUCCGAAUUAUGAAGACAAUUCAUUAACUGUGCGACCUUGUGAGAGCAACUCUACUUUGUGCGCGUUCGAAGUGGGUGCAUUCGGAAGAACGAUGCGACCCAUCGCCUAGCGCACGGCUGUAUGACACCAGCGGCCAAGCUGCGACUCGCCUGCGUCGCUAACUUUGUCCUUGUUUUGCUGAGUUCGAGAUCGUCGAAAUGCGACAUGGCCGUUGGGGAUAUCCUGCCCGAUGACCCUGAUCUCUAUGACAAGAUGCAUCCGCCCAAGAUUGAAGGCCGUCCCACCGUGGUCUACUUUCACGUCACCGUCAUGGGUUUAGACUCCAUAGACGAAAGUUCAAUGACUUACGCGGCGGACAUUUUCUUCGCCCAAAGUUGGAAGGACCACAGACUGCGGCUACCGGAAAACAUGACCGCCGAGUACAGACUGCUCGAAGUGGGAUUGCUGAACCGCAUGUGGAGACCGGACUCCAUAUUUAAGAAUGCCAAACAAGUCACUUUCCAGACGAUGACAGUUCCCAACCACUACAUAUGGCUCUACAGGGACAAGACCAUUCUCUACAUGGUCAAGUUAACAAUCGUCCUCACGUGUGCCAUGAACUUCGCCUCGUACCCGCAUGACACGCAGAAAUGUACAAUGCAAAUGGAGAGCUUGUCUCACACAACGGAUGACCUAGUGUUCCACUGGGACGAGAACGAUCCCCUGGUGGUUCACAAGGACUUUGAACUUCCUCAACUGGAUCUUGAAGAAACCGGCUUGGAAGACUGCACCGGGAUUUACUCAACCGGAAACUUCACCUGUCUUCAACUAACCUUCACCCUAAAGAGGCGCCUUGGCUACUACAUGUUCCACACAUACAUUCCGACCUGUCUCAUCGUCAUCAUGUCCUGGGUGUCCUUCUGGAUCAAACCCGAAGCGGUUCCCGCCAGGGUGACCCUCGCGGUUACCAGUUUGCUCACGUUAUGCACGCAGCACGCCAAAAGCCAAGCUGCUCUCCCUCCAGUCUCAUACAUCAAGGCCAUCGACAUCUUCAUGUCUUGUUGCACCGUCUUUGUGUUCGCUUCACUUAUGGAAUACGCCAUCGUCAACAUCAUUCUCGAAGGGGGAGACAGAGCCGAGGUAAAAUGCGCUAAGCUGUGUCUCAAUUCAGACUGCCUGCCACCAGGACCGAGCCCAAGCCAAAAGGGACGCAAGAGGGCGCUGCUAAUCGACAGGGUCUCACGUGUCGUUUUCCCCACAACUUUCAUCAUACUGAAUUUAUCAUACUGGAUAUUUUACGUCAUCUGCGCGUGAGGUCCUUCAUCGUCAACACUCAUCAUCACGCUCACCGAUGAUGGGACAUCCGCUCGUGCUACACUCGGGUGGAAUUUGCCUGCUUCGGACUCUCUGGCCACUAGGUCAACUAUUUCGGGCCUUAAACAACUUCUUGUGUGUCCGGCUCACAAACAUCGAGGCCCUUACAGCACAUAAGACACACUUUUAGCUAAAAUCUCGCAAUUUUAAACGAUCUUCUUGCGACGUGCCACGGCUAACUACAGCACACAGCGAUGUGCUGCUUCUUUUACUUCGUAUUAGCGGUAUACCGUACUAUCAAAAUAACUUGUUUUUCUCGUAAAGACACAUACAGGGUGUCCCACAUAAACUACUCGAAACAGAGCAGGCCUCGCGAGUAAGUCCGAAAAAAGGACACUAUUUUGUACGCGGGAGUGUACCACACGCAAUAAUCGAACAACGUGGUCUGCGUCAGAUUAUUGUUAAACUAAUUAAAAUACAGAAAACCGACACUGAAGAUUUUUGUUUAAGUUUAAUUAAACUUAAACAAAAAAAAUAAAAAAAUCUUCAGUGUCGGUUUCUGUAUUUUGUUUAUGUGAUCUACAGGACUUGACUCCCCUCUUCGUAUACGCUUCUUAAACUAAUUAGUGAAAUUAAAUUCCGAUAUUGACCAAAUUACCGAAGGGAGUGGGGUAGAGUACCGGAUGUGGCGAGGAAACACUCCCAGUAACCACCAUCAAAAUAAAGUUGUUGUUGUUGUUGUUGUUGUUAGUAAAUUUCGAUACAAAAACGCCGAUGAGAAAACGAUAUCAAAAUUAAAUGCAUGAUGAGAUCCGCCGCUAAUUCGUCUGAUUUCUCCGCCGUGGGGACAUGGAAGAAAACUUGCUGUCGAAAGGUUGUCUCAUUCUCACACGAACCAGCUGCUCCCGUUUAGACCGAGUCUGAGAAGAAGGAAACCACGAUAUCCCCAUUGCGAAAUUCCCGAUUUCAAAGUCUCCCACAACCAAGGUGGUGGUGCUGAGCGAGCUCGUCGUUGUCGGCCUCACAGGGCAACGUCACGAGUAACGCUUUGGGGGAAUGCGCGUCCUGGGCCGACUUCUAACGGAACUGUGCCAACAUAUGUCUGACACCGUCUGAGGAAAACCCAGGAAAACCCCCAGACAGCACAGCCGGCAUCGGGAUUGGAACCUGGGUACCUCCCAGUCUCGACGUGAUGUUGACGUCAGUGAAAGUUCUCGCCGUCACAUGGCCAGCACGCUAACUGCCGAGCCAAUGAUAUUAAAGGGGCACUAAAAUGUCACCACAAGUUCACUUCAAAUUACGUUCCAGGCUACGUUAAUUUCGCACUUGUUGUCGUAAUUCGAAACUUCGAUUCCGUUACGAAGCUACAAUAGACCAUUUUUGUUGUUGACUCUAUGAGAUGAGCCAUAGAGUCAACAAUACAACAAAAAUGGUCUUUUAGAAUAGACUAUUUUAGAAAAGCAAGCGCCAUCUGUGGCGCGCAAGGGCUCAUGGGAACUUACAGCGCCUUAAAGCAUUACGAGACGACCAGAGGCGGAGGUAGAAGAAGAACAACAACUUUCCCGGUGUGUGUAGCUGCAGCGUCAGCUGGGGUAAACCAUAACCGAAGCAGACGACAGAGCAGUGUCCCUCAAAGUUCCCAUGCUGCUUUGCGCCACGCGCUUUGCGGUGCGCGCAUCUUUUUAAAAUCGUCUAUUAGAAUUAUACCAGACUCUUUCUUGCCUCGACACAACGCAGUGAACGUCGCUUCAGCUCGUGCGUAGGGUAUACAACGGGUAUCGGGUGCUUUUAGUCCAUGCUGCGCGUGAACGCGCGUGCCACGCCAUGGAGCAGUUCCUGCGAAAAACAUAGCGCGACUUACGAAGCACGCCGGUGUCGCUGUCCGAAAGGACGUGAAGACAACAAUUGUUGUCACUAGAACAUUCGGGUAAGAACUAGAACGAUAGGCAUGCUCUCGCUUCUCCUUCUGUCUGAUUGGAUGCCGCCAAUCUUUGCUUCGUGAAGAUCCCGUUCAUUGCCGCCAAAGACGGCCAAGACGCUGCCAGGCAUAUGUCGGCACAGUUCCCUUAGAAGUCGUCCCAGGACGCACAUUCCCCCAGAGAUAGCGACAAUGGCGAGCUCUUCCAUUAGCACCACCACCAGCACCUGCUUUGUGAACUAAUUUUGCAUGCAAUAUAUUAAUUGAAAAACUGACUUUCAUUUGAGAACGAGUUGUUUCUUUGCAUUUUCGUGCCCCUUUAAGUCCAAACAAUUUCACAACGGCAAUAUCACCAAUUGGCUUUCGUUCCGGAAACGUGCACACGUGGCUGGGACAUUGUUACUUCGUUUCCUUCGUACACUACCAAAAAAAAUGUAUCCUACCUGUCACAGGUAGCACAUAGAUAGAUGGCGCUGGCCAUGGCACAUCGAGACUGGGAGGUACCCGGAUUCGAAUCCAGGUGCCGGCUGUGCUGUCUGACGUUUUCCUUGGGUUUCCUUCAGACGCUGUCAGACAUAUGUCGGUACGCAGUUCUCUUAGAAGUCGGCCCAGGACGCACAUUCUCUCCAGAGCGUUAGUCGCGACGUUGCCCACCUCUGUGAGGCCGACAUCGGCGAGCUCUUCCAGCGCUACCCCUAGAUAGCACAUCCUCCAAAUCUACUGCAAAUUAUUAUUAGCGCAUGUAAAAGAAAUUGCUGAAACAUAACUCCACUUUCAAUUUAAAACAUAAAAAAUACACUGUCAGAAUCGUUAACUUUACCUGCGUAUCGCUGUCUUCAGCACAUUUGCCUUCAACACUUCGAAUGUGACGGCUACGCAGUCAGCGCUGACAACCGAUUGGAAUAGCCCGCUGACCUCUAUAGACCUCUACCCGAGAAACGUCAUCAUGACGUUGGUAGACAGACUGAAACCGAAACAAAUCGGAAGGAGAGGGCUGGGUUCCACAAACGGGCACUUGUUCGCUGCGUCCCAUUGAAAGAAAAGCAGGACCGAGCGUCGCGUCCCUUCAAGGGGCCGUAUCGUAAUCCCCUCAAGACCGUGGCUUUCGGGCGCGACUUCGUUCACCUCUAGCUUCGAGCGUAGUUCAAUUCUACCAAAUUGGUGGCGCUGUAGAACACUAUGACGCCAUUUGUUUACAAACAGGGAUAGGUCUAUUCUAGUUGUGUGGGCGCCAUUGGUCCCUCCGUGGUGCUGUUUUCUUUCAUUAUGGUUAUUAUUCUUGGACGCGGGUACGCUCAAAAAUUAUAUGACAGUUGCGUGAUGUCAGGAACUAAGUAACACGGGGACCACAUUUUUCGGCCGAUAUGAACAUUUACAAACUCUCCAUUCCAUAGCGACCCGGCGGUGAUGUCACGCUGGCUGGCGUCCAAUCAGAAUGCGGGGAUUUCGCGAUUGUGGACUUCGUUUCUUUUUCUUUCUUUUUUUCUGGUAGGGACCACGAAACAUUCAUUUUCAACAGUUCACUUUGCAACGUGGAUCUCUAUCAGUUUGUUUCGAGGUACACCCGCUUCAAGUGGGACGUCCUGUCGGACUUUACGCACCUGAGGCAGUGUUAGCCCUGCAACCUUUCUGCCAGACUUCCCCGCAGUUAUUCGAUAUUGUUACUGAUGGGCACAUUGCUAACUUGUAGCAGUGUCCACGUCAGCAGUUCUCGACCGACAUGUUAAAAACAACUGUUUCUAAUAUCUGACCUCCUCUUUCUGCUCUUGUUAGGUUCAUACGGGUGAUCGAGAUUAACUUACUUACUUUGUACAGUGAACGCAUUGCGAUUAGAAACCAAUUAAACCCUUCAACGCAGCCAUUAAAAACGGGGAUAAGACACAAAAAAGUCACAUCUAAGGGAUGCAUUGAGGGGUUUUACUCCUUUCAAUUAUGAAGCAUCACCAAGAAGCCCACAUCGUCACGUAUGUACACACGCACAUACACGUGAGAUGAUGACGUGUGUACAUCAUGGCACACGAUACUCAAAAAUGUGUUCUAUGUGAAAAAUGUGUUUUAACGAAUCAAAAAUGUGGUAGUGCAACACCUCAACGCGCAUUAACAGCCACAAAUGAUGCAUCCAACAACAAAAUCUAUUAAAAACAGUGUCAGAAUGAUUAUGGGACGAUUGAUGAAAGUGCGUUGACGAGUAAAACCUAACUUAUCAUCUGAUGGCUCAAUAAAAUAUUUGUUUUCUUUUC